GAGCCGAGUCAAAUCUCGGCACUUCGCAUCCAUGUGUGUGACUUGGGGGCACACGGGCCUGCCAGUGCCACCCUGAUGCUCAUCAUCCUUCUGCCCGGCGACCCAAAUGCUUCUGACUGCUGAGCUCCCUGAUGCCAGACUUGGAAUGAAGAGAGAACAUUCCGCAGCGAGUGGACAUGGAGGCACACAUGUCUGAUAUGAAACCAAAGAGCAAAGACGCAGCCCAAAGGUGGGCUCACCAGCCAGGCUUGCCAUCCAAGGAGUCAGAGCCUCAGUGACCCCAGGUUUCUGUGACACACUGCUCCUUUCAGCCCUUGCCCUGCCCUUUUGUUGCUGAGACCCCGCCUCUUUCGAGGAUUGGCCUCGGGGCCCCGCCUCCCCUCCAUGGCCCCUCCUUUUCUCGCUCUUUAGGCUCAUUCCCGCUACACUCCGCUGCCGCUCCUUGAACCCAAUUCACAUUCCAGGUAGUUUCUCGCGUCCUGCAGCUCCCUGGAUGUUCUGUGGCCCCCGGUGGCACAUAGUGCCACGCCAUACAGAGAAGGGCCAUUUUGUGGUUUGUUCAGUGGGGACCAGUAAACGCAGCUGAAACGGCCGAAUUCUGGCCAGCGCGGCACCUGUGAAGGACAAGAGGCUCACGUCGUCCGACGCCCACUUCUGCGGCCAGCCUGGACGUCACUGGGCACAGGGGCCAUGGAGACCGGCGCCAUUCAAGCCCCAUUCCUCCGCGCCGCCUGCCCAGGCCCAGUGUGCUCCCUCUGCUACCAUGGCAACGCCACCAAGCAGCAGCAAAGUGCACAGCCGCGCUUUACGGACCGGGAAGAUUGGAUUUGACAGGCAGAAGCGCAUCCGUCGAUGCGUCGGCUUGAUUGGCACCGUAAAUAAAUAAGUUAACGAGUGAGAAGGAUCUCAGUGAGCUGGCCGUGCCCGGUGACGGGGAUUCUCUUUCCGUCAAUGCCAGCUCUAAUCGCCACUUAGAGAAGCCUGCGCACGUAAUGCCCCGUGGUGACUGGUAGGAAAAGCGCAGAGCCGAGCGCCACUUGCUAAUGACUCAGCGUGCUGCCCUCCGGUUGGUGCCCGUCUCUGCCCCGGCCCAUCACACUGGUACUCCUCCUCUUUAGGUGCCCCUUGUCCGUUCUUCUGUUGCCACCCCUCUCUCCUAUCCUCUCCCCUUCAAAACCCCCCGCCCCAAGCCCAGCUGUCUGUCCAUUUCUUUGUCAUCCCCGCGCCUGUCUUGUCAUUUGCAUAGCCCUUCCCUCACUGCCCUCUCCUUAGCCCGCCCCUCCACUCCGGUUGGUGGACGGCGAGCAGACAGCUGUCUCUUGCAGGGACGGGCCACUCCCGGUCGCGCGCACGUGCCCGCGUCCCCUCCAGUUCCAGCGGAGAGCCGCAGCGCGGGUGCGGGAGCGGGAGCGGGAGCGGGAUGGAGCGGUGCUGUCGCUGAACGGCUAGGCGGGAGAGCCGCUGAUUCGCGCUGCCUGCCGCGUCUCGUCUGUCCUUCGCGGGCUUGUCUCGUAUGGGGUCGCCGCCUGGGAGCCCCCGUCGCUUGUCGUGCGAGGCUCCCUUCCUCCGGGCGGGCUCACUUGUGGCUCUCGGACGAUCGGCGCCGGAGCUCCUCGCGGCUGGAUGUGGGCACUGCAGUCCGCCUGUGGAGAUGCCCUUUCCUGCGCGGGGGUGACGCUCUGGACGGCCAUGGCGAUGGAGGGCUCGCAGGGGAACGGAGCCACCGGGAGGCCGCCGUCCCGGCGGAGAGAGAGGCGCGGGAGAGCCCUGACGGUCGCCCUGAUGGCCCGGACGCGCAUCCACGGGCUUCGGUACGUGUACUCGAGGAACUCGUCGUUCCAGCACCGGGCGCUGUGGCUCCUGGCGUUCUGCACCUCCCUGGGCUGCCUGCUCUCGUGGUCCUCCAACCGCUUCUUGUAUCUGCUCUCCUUCCCGACUCACACCAAGUUCCACAUGGAGUGGGCCAAAGAGCUGGCCUUCCCCGCCGUCACCAUCUGCAACAACAACCCGGUGCGCUUCUCCAAGAUGACCAAGAGCGACUUGUACUUCGCCGGCCACUGGCUGGGGCUGCUGCUGGCCAACAGGACCGCCCGGCCCAUCGUGCUCGAGCUGCUGUACGACGAGCGGCAGCAGUGGUUCGAGAGGCUCUCGGAUUUCAGGCUCUUCCUGCCCCCCCGGAACUUUGAGGGCACCAGUUUGGCGUUCCUGGACCGACUGGGCCACCAGCUGGACGACAUGCUGCUCUCCUGUAAAUACCGGGGGGAGGCGUGCGGCCCUCACAACUUCUCCUCUGUCUUCACAAGAUACGGCAAGUGCUACGUCUUCAACUCGGGCCAAGACGGCCAGGCUCUCCACACGACGGUGAAGGGUGGCACAGGCAACGGCCUGGAGAUCAUGCUGGACAUUCAGCAGGACGAGUACCUCCCAGUGUGGGGGGAGACUGAAGACACGACAUUUGAAGCGGGCGUCAGGGUGCAGAUUCACAGCCAGGCGGAGCCCCCCUUUGUGCACGAGCUGGGCUUUGGGGUCGCCCCGGGCUUUCAGACGUUUGUGUCCACACAGGAGCAAAGGCUCACCUAUCUGCCCCCGCCAUGGGGUGACUGCCAGUCGGUGACGUCGGACUCGGACUUCUUCAGCGUCUACAGCAUCACAGCCUGCAGGAUCGACUGUGAAACCCGAUACCUCGUUGAGAACUGCAACUGCAGGAUGGUGCACAUGCCAGGAAAUGCCGACUUCUGCACCCCAGAGCAGUACAAGGAGUGCGCCGAGCCAACUCUGGUCAUGCUGGCAGAGAAGGAUGGCAACUACUGCGUGUGCAGGACCCCGUGCAACCUGACCAGGUACAACAAGGAGCUGUCCAUGGUGAAGAUCCCCAGCAAGACCUCGGCCAGGUACCUGGAGAAGAAGUUCAACAAGUCGGAGAAGUACAUCACGGACAACAUCCUGGUCCUGGACGUUUUCUUUGAGGCCCUCAACUACGAGACCAUCGAGCAGAAGAAGGCCUACGAGGUGGCAGGCCUGCUUGGUGACAUCGGUGGGCAGAUGGGCCUGUUUGUGGGUGCCAGCAUCCUGACCAUCCUGGAGCUCUUUGACUACAUGUACGAGGUGCUGAAGGAGCGCUUGUUGGACUUCCUGAACAAGGAGGAAGAGGAGGCUAGCCGGGACGAGAACGUGGGCCCUUGUGAACCCCUGCCAAACCACUCGGAGACCAUCAGCCACACAGUCAGCGUUCCACUGCAGACCACACUGGGCACUUUGGAGGAAAUCGCCUGCUGAUGGUGCCAGGCUGGCAGAUGCCGA